AUGGAGAAAUAUUUCAAAAGAAAAUCAACGGAUGAGUUGACAGAGUCAUCAUCAGCUCCAAAGAAAGUAAAUAACAGUUCAAAAGAAACUAGCUUGGGUAUAAACUUGGAAGAUCUCCCCACUGAUCCGGGACUACGAACUCGAAUUUGGAAUUACGGAUUUAAUGUCUGGGAAAAGGUUCGAAUGGCAUACGUACAGAAAGGUCCUUGUCAGCCUCGAGACUAUAAGUUUCCUAAGAAGACUCUUGCAGGAAACUCGGAAAGGCGGUUCAAUCCUGCUUGGUUUGAUGAGUUUUCUACUUGGUUGGAGUAUAGCAUUGAGAAAGAUGCUGCUUUUUGUCUCUGUUGUUAUCUCUUCAAACCUGAGAUGGGUGAACAAGCAGGUGGUGACGCUUUCACUAGCAAAGGGUUUUCGAAUUGGAAAAAGGGGAAAGAAUAUAUAAAAGCCGCUGCAUUGAGAAACUCUCAGAAUCUUAAGUCGACAUCAUGUGAUAUUCAGAAGGACAUUGUAAGUGCUAUUUCAACUGAAGUCAUCAAUACCAUUACUAGAGAUAUCAGCGAUUCACUGUUUUCCAUUCUAAUUAAUGACUUCCUUGACAUGUCUUCAACGAAUCAAAUGGCUAUUGUGUUACGUUUUGUGGACAAGGGUAGUGUAACUGAGCGAUUUUUAGGUAUCGUGCAUGUUACCAAUGCUACUUCUCUCUCCUUGAAGGUAGCCUUUGAUGACUUUUUUUCUAGACUUGGAAUAAUCAUGUCUAAGUUGCGGGGACUAAGUUAUGUUGGGACAAGAAAUAUGCAUUGCGAGUUCAACAAUCUUAAGACACUUGUUAUGGAGGAGAAUAAGUGUGCAGUUUAUGUUCAUAGCUUUGCUCAUGAUCUUCAUUCUGCUCUCAUAGAUGUGGUGAAGAAUCACAAAGAAAUCAUGGGCCUCUUUACUGGGGUUGCUAAUGUGGUGAGUGUUGUCGGAACCUUUGUUCAAUGUCAUGAUACACUUUGGAAGGAACAUGGUGUGUCAAUUCUUGAAGCACUCAAUAGUGGUGAGUUUAUAAGAGAACAAGGUGUAAAUGAGAGCAGCUCAAUUUUUAAGACUUUAUCAAGCUUGCUUACUGUGUUCUCAAUUGUGAUUGAUGUGCUUGAGAUCAUAUCAGAGCUUGGAUCAGAUUCUGAGAAGAAAUAUAAUGCAGACACUCUACUGGAUUCUCUCCAAUGUUUCAGUUUUAUAUUUUGCUUACACAUGUUGGUAAGGAUUAUGGCGAUCACAGAUGAUUUGUCACAUGCAUUACAAAGAAGAGAUCAAGAUAUUCUGAAUUUCCUGAACUUAGUACAAGUAUGCAAAGAGCAAUUGAAAAUGAUGAGAGAGAGUUCCUGGGAUUCUUUACUUGAUGAAGUUUCGGCUUUUUGCGACAAACAUCACAUUGAAGUUCAAAAGAUGGAUGGCUUGUUUCUAACUCGAGGGGGACCAAAGCAUAAAGCUCAGGUGAUUACAAACAAGCAUCAUUAUUGUGUUGACUUGUUCUACAAUGUUAUAGAUAUGCAACUUGAAGAGUUAAACAAUCAAUUCUCUGAGACCAAUACUGAGUUGCUUCUCUGUGUGGCAUGUUUAGAUCCAAGUAAUUCAUUCUCUGCUUUUGACAAACUGAAGUUGAUCCAAUUUGCUCGGUAUUAUCCAAAUGACUUUUCUGCAACUGACUAUAUGAUACUUGAAGACCAGCUUGAGGAAUACAUUCUGGACAUGCGUUCUAGCAUUCAGUUUUCAACCUUGAAAGGGAUUUCUGAUCUUGCUGAAAAAUUGGUUGUGGCAGGAAGAGAUCAGGUUUAUCCUUUAGUUUACUUGCUGCUGACAUUGGCUCUGAUUUUACCAGUUGCGACUCCCAGAGUAGAAAGGUUGUUUUCUGCUGUGAAUUUGUUGAAGAAUCAAUUACACAAUCAAAUGGAAGAUCAAUGGAAGAGGGAUAGCUUGAUUGGAUAUGUUGAGAAAGACAUUCUUGAUAGUAUUGAUAACAAGGUCAUACUGCAGCGACUUCAACAUGUCAAAAAAUUUCCAUGGAAGUUGAAAUGA